CAUAUGGGUUAAAUUUCCACAAUACAUAAAAAUGAAAACAUUUGUUUUUUCAAAUUCUCCCUUAACGGCACGAUUAUUUCGGUGUUUCAAAUUUGACAAUGCCGCAGAGCGAAUUUUCUCAAACGGCGUCAUCAAUUCAUCACUCGGAUAUCAACUCAUACCGGGUUGGCACCCAACGUUCCGGACUGCAAAGCGACAACUCCCCAGCAAAUGGCGGAAUCGACGAAUUUGGCUGCGUAAAUCAGAGUCCUGGGCCUUACACCCUACCGUCGCUCAUCGGCUACAAAAAUCACGACAUCACCAAGUGCAGGGCCCCGGCGUACACGAUAGCCGUGAAAAGGCCGAUGCCGAUGCCAGACAACGCCACCCCGGCCCCUAUCUACGAGACUUUCGGUCUCACCAAGUACGGAAAAGCAAAUCCCCCCAAAGCCACGAUCAGAUCCCGCCCGCCCGCCUUCAGUGUUUACGCUGAUUUGGGUCCCGGGCCUGGCUACUACUCGCCCGAAAAGCACCUGAACGCCAUCCUCCCUCGUGCGCCCGCCGCGACGAUACGGAGUGCCAAGAAGACGAGUCUGUUCGACGAGUCGCCAGGGCCGACUUUCGACCCCGAGAGGGUUCUGGGCCCGAGGCUUCCCCUGAGGCAGUCCGCCCCCACGGCCACGGUGAAAGGGAGACCUCCGGACUUCAGGGUUUACAGCGAUUCCGGCCCCGCACCGGGCCAUUACAACGCGGUGCCGAUCCAUAAAAUCAUGGCCAGGGCGCCCUCGGCCACCAUCGGCGGCAAGUGGCCCGGAAAAUCCGUCUACGAGACAGAGCAAAGCCCGGCUCCCAAUGUUUACAAUCCGAAGGUGGACAACUUCGGCCCCCGGCCGCCGAAGGCCUUUAUGGGGAUCAAGCAUUCCAAUUGCAAAGCGCUGGUCAAAAUACCCGAGGAUACUUAUUCGUUAGUCGAAUUCUGAAGAAAUAAACAAAAUUCCCAAAACAAGAA